UACACAAAUCAAACACAAGAACAAGAAGAAUAUUUGAAAUUUAGUAGCAAAAUCAAAAUUUAUCCUCUUUAAUUUUGUAGCUUCAUAAUAUUCCCAUCUAUAUGGCUCAACUCAUAUAUCUUCAAUCCUUUCUUGCUUCUCCUCCACGUCCAAAAAUAUUCAUUUCUCAAACAAAAAUCCCUCACAAAGCUCACAAUAACAACGCAUGGCUUCAAUUGAAUAACCCACUUGAAAAAUCUUUUGCCAAAAAAGGGUUCAUCCAUGCCUUGAAUUCUUCUUCAUCAUCCAACAAGAUCAUCAUCUCCGAUUUGAAAAUUGAGGAGUUGGGGGUUGAAACUCCGGCGAGAAAAGUGAAGAUUUUAAAGGAAUUACUAACAGAAACAAGAGAUGAUUUGUGUUUGGAAUGUUUGGAAAUAAUUGAUGCAGCCCAACGGCUUGGCAUUGACAACCAGUUCGAAGAAGAGAUUGAAGAUGUUCUUAAGAGGCAAUAUGCUUUGAUAAAUGCAUAUCAUUUUGAUGGAGACGUGGAUCUUCACAAAGCUGCCCUCCUUUUUCGACUUUUGAGACAACAACGAUACCUUGUAUCUCAAGACGUGUUUAAAGUUUUCUUGAAUGAGAAGGGAAAGUUCAAGGAGAAGCUAAAAGCAGAUUUGAAUGGGAUGACAAGUUUAUAUGAAGCUUCACAGCUACGUAUUCAUGGAGAUGACAUUCUUGAAGAAGCUGAGGAUUUCAGUAGCCAUUGCCUAAACAAUUGGGCUACAAGAAUUGAUAAUCAAUCCUCUGCCAGUUUUGUGAUGAAUACUUUAGCUCAUCCUCAUUAUAGAAGCGUCGCCCAAUUUAUGGUGCCUAACUAUUUUGGUGAUAAGCCAUGGACAAACAAAUGGCUUAACCUUUUGCAAGAUGUUGGAAGAACUAAUUUUAUUACAACUCAAACCUUACGCCAACACGAAAUUGCCCUAUUUUUAAAAUGGUGGGAAGAAACGGGUUUGGUGAAAGAGUUGAAUUUCGCCCGAAACCAACCAAUCCAACGGUACCUUGGCUCGGUGCUUUGUCUCCCAGAUCCUUGUUAUUCAGAACAAAGACUCCAACUAGCAAAAUCCAUGUCUCUUAUUUAUGUUAUUGAUGAUAUUUUUGAUGUACAUGGGACUCUUGACCAACUCAGACUCUUCACACAAGCUGUCAUUAGAAUAUUGUUGUGCACAUGCAGAUGGGAUAUGGAUGGUGUUGAAAGUUUACCAAAUAGCAUGCAACUUUGUUACAAAUGUCUACUCGAAGUUACCAACGAAUUAAGCUUGAAGGUCUAUAAGAAGCAUGGUUGGAAUCCCGUUGGUUCCUUGAGAAAAACGUGGGUAAAAUUAUGCAAAGCAUUUUUAUUGGAAGCAGAAUGGUUGAGUUGUGGGCAUUCACCAAGUGCUGAAGAAUAUCUGAGGAAUGGAGUUGUGAGUAGUGGAGUCAAUGCUAUUUUAGUGCAUACUUUCUUUCUAUUAGGGCAGCAAGUAAACAACAGAACCGUGGAGCUUUUAGACAAUGAUUCAGAUAUUGUUUUGUCAAGCGGAAUGAUACUUCGACUUUGGGAUGACAUGGGAAAUGCUAAGGAUGAGAAACAAAUGGGGCGCGACGGAUCGUAUGCUGAAUACUACAUGAAGGAGCAUCCAAACAUCUCCUCGGAAGAAACACAGCAACAUACUAAGAAGAAGAUUUCUGAAGCAUGGAAGACUCUGAAUACAGAACAUCUGUUUUCUAAUAUCUUCCCAACCAGUUUCACUCAGGCUUCUCUCAAUAUUGCUAGAGCUGUUCCUUUGGCAUAUAAUUAUGGUAGAAACCAAUCUAUCAUGACAGUCGAGAAGCUUAUGGAACAAUAUUGCUAAUAUUUCGUAAUGUGGGAUAUAAAUAUCGCGGAUUGGAUGAUUCAUUUUUAUAUUAUUUUGUAUGUUAUGAUGGAAGUAAAGCCAAAAGUUCUUCCCCAAAGAGUCCUUUAUAAUGAAGACAUUGCUGCUUUCAGUAUACUUUUAGAAUCAAGCAUAGAGUUUAAUUAUAGUGGUUGGAUAUAUUGUAUCUUGUUGAUUAAAUUUGUUGAUGGGAUAUAAUAAUAAUAUAUUUGUUGGCAUCU